UUGUGAGCUGACCGACUGAGCUGUGUUUAUAGCGCGACUCAAUCGACACGAUCCAUUCCAUUCGCGUCGUUCUUGUUUCUAUACUCAACAACAUUACCGGAUAAUACGGAUCGAUUCAAUUUAUUCUUAGUGUCAUUUAAAAUACAGUGCCAUCAAAGUGAUAAAUGUGAUAACUGUCAAUUGUAUGUAUUGUAUUGUAUGUGAUGAAAAGGUGUGCCCAACAUAAUCGUCUAGAAGUGAUCGUCCAUAAUAAGAAUAACCUCAUGAAGCAAAAGCCAGGCAGAAAUUUAUUCGUGAAUGUUAGUUGGGAUGAGAUGGUGAGACAUUAUGAACUUAACGUAGUCAAAUAGGGUGAAAAAAUCUAGCAUUAUCGUCCAAAGUUCCAACGUCAUCCAAGAGGCAUAUCGCGAUGAAGAAAAUCAGCGAAGAAGUGCCUCACCAUAAUGAAUGAUAAAGUGAUAAAUAUUUAGAGCUAUUUGAGGCUUGAUACAGCACUGUUUGGCAUUAGUAAACCGAACUGACGUUCCAGGAAAAAAAAUUGAAAAAAAGAAUACGUAUUCGUGACAGUGGCAACGCCACGUUGACGUAGUGACAGUGUUGAUCGAUAAAUUGAGUGUAGUGCAACUGUUCGCUUGAUCGACAAGAGGAUUUCAGAAGCGCAUUUCAGUAGCGGCAAAUCAAUACCAAAAUGACCAUUUCAUAUUCUGCUGAGGUACCGAACGGCAGUAAUUUCGGAUGCUUUUGGCCUGUUUUGUUUAAAUGGCGCGGCAGUGUAUACAAGUUGAUAUGGCGUGAGUUACUAGCGUAUCUAUGUGUAUAUUACACAUUGAAUUUAACAUAUCGGUAUGGUCUAACAGAAGACGGUCGGAGGGUAUUCGAACGAAUACGAAACUACUGCGGGCAACAGCAAGGAACUGUGCAACUUUCAUUCGUUCUGGGCUUCUACGUUACUCUAGUGGUGCAUAGAUGGUGGAACCAGUACCGAUUGCUACCCUGGCCAGACACGCUUGCCUUAUUCGUUAAUGCCGCUAUUCAGGGUCACGACGAAAUCGGGCGACUGAUGCGACGAAACAUUAUGCGCUACAUGGUUCUUGCAUACGUAAUUACACUGCAAAAGGUUUCGCUGCGCGUUAAACGACGCUUCCCAACCUGGCAGCAUCUGGUGGAUGCCGGUCUGAUGCUGGAGAAUGAACGUAAAAUUUUCGAAAAACUGGAUUUAGGGAGUCCAAUGUCUAAAUAUUGGAUGCCCCUGGUAUGGGCCACCAAUAUUAUAAACCGUGCCAGAAAGGAAGAACUCAUCCCUUCCGAUCACAUUGUACAGACUUUAUUAAUGGAACUGUCCGACAUUCGAAGAAGGCUGGGACAAAUUUUUAGCUACAAUACGGUAUGCGUCCCACUAGUAUAUACUCAAGUGGCCACGCUGGUGUUGUAUUCCUACUUGGCGGCGGCCGUUAUGGGCAGUCAAAUGAUCCCUACGUACGACGAAAAGACUCGUACUUACACAGAACUAGAUGUAUAUUUCCCGCUUUUCGCCAUCCUGCAGUUCGUAUUUUACGUUGGUUGGUUGAAAGUUGCAGAAGUAAUAAUCAAUCCAUUCGGUGAAGAUGACGAUGACUUUGAACUGAAUUGGCUAAUCGACAGACAUAUUAAGGCUUCCUAUAUGAUUGUUGAUGAGAUGCAUAACGAACAUCCAGAAUUACUGAAAGACCAGUACUGGGAUGAAGUAGUUCCGAAAGAACUACCAUACACAGUAGCUUCCGAACACUACCGACGAGAGGAGCCGAAAGGAUCUGCUGAACACUAUGUCGUCAAAGAGUCUGAAGCAGUUUAUGCCAACAUAGGCGGUGAAAAACGAUCACGAAAUGAAGAAGUUUAUGCCGAUUAUGAAAGUGUAGACACUCCAAUGAUUGAACGACGGAAAGGAUGGUUUGGACGACAGAUGACUUCGAUGCGCAGUUCAUCAACAGCAUAUUCAUCCGGUGGCUUGUCUAGCCACAAUCGACAAAACUCGGUAUAUUCUAGUCCUGAUGCAGAACUUACAAAACCAAUAACCACCGGUGAUCAACCCCUCCAGAAGCUUAGCUUAUACGAUAAAUUCGUGAACCGGAAAUCUGUACGCAAUCGACGACAGAUUAUGAAACAAAACUCCAAAAUCAGUCGAAAUGGCUCCUUGAUAUCUAACGUGCCACCGAAAGCUAGACCACGUAUCCCUACGCCUGAUGUUACAAAAGACACCAAAGUGCACCCUCUUUCUGGUAUCACUACCCACUCAGUACAAUUAGAAAAAACAUCAAACAUUGCAUCCGGUGUAGCACUGAUGGCCACUCAGUUGGCCAACAACCCGUCCAUCUAUCCAGCUUCAGCAGCAACCACACUGAACAGUAACGAUUUACCCGUAGUGGGUACGCUGCUGCUAACUCCAAUCAAAGAGCUGGAUUCCAGCUUAGGUUCGAAUACUCUGCAUGCCGGUCAGUCUGCGACGGCUGCCCUGGCAAAAUCAAUUUUGCCGCCAACCAUCAAACGUCCCGUGUCUAGUUAUGUCAAAGAUGGCCAAACAUCUUCGAUAGGAAAAGCGGGCAGUUGUUCCACCGACACGGUGAUCAUGAUUCCCAUAACAAACACCGUUUCAUCCAAUAGCACAGAUAGUGGCCCUGUAACGGUCGCUACUGCUUCCGAUGCCAUCCCUAUCUCAGUUACCUCGAUACCACUCGCGUUUACCGCGGAGCCCGCCAAUACCGGCUCCUUUAUCACCGAGCUUCCAUGUGAUGAUAGCGUCGGGAUCACCACCAUGACGCUAAACGAUGGGAAAAAAUCACCCAAUUCUAAAGCGUCUUCUUCUGCCACUUCUACACUGAGCAAACGGAAACCGGAACAUAGUGAGGUGUACGUGUAA